CUAGCAAACCCACUCGUAAACCAUGUCCCGCUCCGCCCGCACCCUCCCCUCGACGCUGCGCAUCCACGCCCUCGCGCGUCACCUCACCCACCACAACCUCGCCAUCCCUCUUGCCAGCCCGCUCGCAAUCCCCGCCGCCGCCAUCCCCUCUUCAGCGCAUGCUUACAGUACGAACGCUGGCGCAGGAGCGGGCGUGGCUCCAACAUCGUAUGCGGCAUUGACAUAUAAGCAGUUUGGGAACCCUACUGAUGUGUUGAGAUUGGUACAAGUGCCGCUCCCACCGCUCACAUCCUCAACCGUACACGUCCGUUUCUUGGCGAGUCCUAUCAAUCCGGCGGACAUCAAUCAGAUCCAAGGUGCAUACCCCAUCAAACCAACCUUCAACGACACAUUCGGCGCCAUCGGCGGGAACGAAGGGGUCGCGGAAGUGAUCGCGGCCGGCAGCGAUAUUAAGGGUUUGAAGGUUGGCGAUUGGGUCAUUCCUGAGGACAGCGGAUUUGGAACAUGGAGAACGCAUGCACGUUUUACGGAGGCGGAGCUGAUCAAGUUGCCGAAGGAGGGCGUGUCGAAAAUUGCAGCUGCUACUAUUAGCGUCAACCCGUGCACUGCAUACAGAAUGCUGAAAGAUUUCGUUGACCUGAAGCCGGGGGAUGUGGUUAUCCAGAACGGCGCCAACUCGGGGGUCGGUCAGGCCGUUAUCCAGCUCGCGAAGGCGUGGGGGUUCAAAACCGUCAAUGUCGUGCGUGAUAGACCCAACAUUGAUGACCUCCGCGCCCACCUCACCUCCCUGGGCGCCGACCUGGUCAUCACCGAACAAGAUCUGCGGACACCCGAGACAGCUGCAAAGAUCAAAGCACUUGCUGCUACCAGUAACGACGAUGGGGACUACAAGAAGGGAGGGGGAAGCGUCAAGCUGGCGUUCAAUUGUGUGGGCGGGCAGAGCGCUACUAACCUUGUGAGGCUUCUGGGCCACGAUGCCCACCUCGUAACCUAUGGCGCCAUGUCCCGCACCCCGCUGACCUUCCCGACCUCCCCCUUCAUCUUCAAAAACCUCUCCUGUCACGGCUUCUGGAUGGCCCGCUGGAACGCACGGCACGACAACUCCCUGCGUGAGCGCAUGCUGGUGGAUUUGUGUGGCAUGAUUGCCAAGGGCCAGUUGAGGGAGGUGCGGUGGGGGAAGGUGGGGUUUGCCAAAGGCGUGGGGAAGGAGGAGGAGAGUAGGUUGCUGGCGGCGGUGGGGAAGGCGGGUGAGGGGUUUGCGGGCGAGAAGAAGGUUUUCGUUAUGUAAAUCUAUCCUGUCGACCACGGCAUCAUCACUUUCUAACAUUGCGUAUUCGCAAGCGAUCGGCGUCACUAUCGUCCCUUCCUCCCUGUUUCAUUGCUUAUUAUCAUUCAAUGCCCCUUCACGUUUGGGCCGGCUUGUAAACACAGAUAUCUGAUUCAUUUCCCCGUGCUUUAUGGUUUUGCCUCAUAACCAUAGACAAAGCUGUAUGCAUCUGUAUAUAUCCUGAAUAGCGCGCAUGCGAUGGCUUGAACUUCCCUACUCUAGAAUGGGCGAGGAUUACUACAGUGCAUUACCUUUCUGUUGGGCAAGAAGGCGGGUACCGAUUUCCCAAG